AUGAUGAACCAACAGCAACAACUUGAAGAAGAAAUCAAGAGUGAGCCUCAAGCUCAAGAAACUGAAGCUGGUCACCCAAGAAGACUCUCCAAGCCACCCCUUUCCCACCAGCACCAGUAUACUACUACCUCUACUACAAGUAUACCCCAUUGGAGUCUGAUGUACAUGCUUCUGAUAGGUCUGAUAAGUCUGAUUCAAGUGUCUUUUGCAGCAGAUGCUACCACCACCAAUUCUACCAAUUCUGCCAUCCCAAAAAGGCGUGGGACUCUAGCUGACACUAGAAUUGUGGGAGGAGAUCUAGUUGACAAUGCCUUCAAAUACCCAUUCUUCAUGGAAUGGGAAGAUGCAAAGUGUGGAGCUUCCCUGAUUCAUGAUGACAUCGCACUCUCGGCAGCUCACUGUGAAAGUGACGUGCAUCCCUUUGCCAUGCGAUUGUUCAUGCUCAAUACACAAACCGAAACGGGAUUGUUCCGAACCAUUGAACGACAAGUUGCACAUCCACUCUAUCAAGGAGACAAACAAGAUUACGAUUUUAUGAUCAUCAAACUACACACAUCGGCACUUGUGGACGAACAAGGACAACUCACCGGGGCUGCCACGGUCGAUAUUAACCGAGAUCCCAACAUUCCCGCCGUCGGAGAUCCACUCACUGCCAUGGGAUAUGGAAGAACCGACCAAGAUGCACCCGACACAUCCGAUGAAUUCAGAGAAGUCGAAAUUUAUUACAUUAGUGAUGACACGUGUCUCGAACAAUACGGUGUUGGUGAUUUUGUACAAGAACUCAUGUUUUGUGCCGGAGUGCCUGGAGGAGGAAGAGAUACCUGUCAGGGCGAUAGUGGAGGUCCCAUUAUUCAUCAAGCCACGGGCACACAAGUAGGAGCCGUCAGUUUUGGAGCUGGUUGCGCUCAGGCAGAGUAUGCUGGUGUAAAUUCACGCAUUUCUGCCGUCUCGGAAUGGAUCGAUGAAAUGGUCUGUGAACUCAGUGACAAUCCUCCCGCAACGUGUGCCGACAGAAAUGGCAAUAACAACAAUCUGCCUGCUGGGCCAGGACAACUGUCCGUCACCAUUACACACGAUGAUUACCCAGAGGAAACGGCAUGGGCAUUCACAUACCUUGGACCCCUUCCCAAUCCUGGCACGCUAGUGGCGGGAGACGUGGGUGCGACCAAUGUCAAUCCCAUUGGAUCACCCAAUGGAUACGACAAUCAAGUACAAAUACACGCAGAACCCUUUCGACGACAAAACAGUGUGGGGGAUCGAGAGGUCGUUACAAAAUCAUUUACCAAUCUACCGUUGGGCAGAUACUCGGUGCAAUUUGGGGAUGCUGCCGGUGAUGGUAUUUGCUGCUCCUACGGAAAUGGAAAGUUGGAAGUGACAAAUGACAAAGCAGGGACAACAGUCUGGGAAAACAAUGGCCAAUUUGGUAUCUACAUUGAAGUCAUUCUAGAUAUUGGUCCUGGUGGCAGUGUCACGCAAGUGGAGGAAGAUACAGAAUACGACAAUAGUUGGGAAGCAUUCAAUGCCGUCAACCAUCCGCCCACGUUUGAUCAAGAGUGGCCGGGAGCCAUGCCAGCAGGCGAUCGCAACGCCAUCAUGGUCAACCUCAAAUUUGAUUCGUAUCCGGAAGAGACUUCGUGGACGCUGUAUUCCGAAAUUGCGGGAAGUUGGAAUCCACUGCGAAUCCUCUCGGGGAGCCAAGAAGGCGUGGCUGCUGACCUGGUGUCGGUCGAAGUGGACAAUCUGAGUGCUGGAUGGUAUCGAUUUACCACUGCCGAUCGAGGUGCGGAUGGGAUUUGCUGUCUGCAUCGACGGGGGUGGGUGAGUUUGACAGGUGGCAUCAUCACGACUCGCGAACGUGGCUUGGUCUGGGGGAACAAUGGGGAGUUUGGACCACAAAUUGAUGUCUAUUUCAAUAUUGACAGCGAGGGAUUUAUCAGUCAAGUGAGUUAUGCAGAUCCCCUGACAGCAACCACUCGAUCGUCUCUUCGACGGCGACAGGACAACGACAAUGGAGGUCGGCAGCGGCAUUUAAAGGCGUCGUCCUUUACCGAUCUUCCAAUACAACAACUCCACAAGUCACAAACAGAUCGCUGA